AUGAAGUGCUCUCAAUGUGGGGGAACAAUAUUUGAUGAAAAUCACUCCCGAGGUGACAAAGUUUGUGCUGAAUGUGGUCUUGUCGUAGAAGAAAAUGAAGUUCAAGCCUUUGUAGAAUAUGUCGAAAAUGGUGGGGGUACUUCUGCACUUGGCAAUUUCGUCUCUGCUGAGAGCCAAAUGCCCGGUUAUCGUGAAUCGCGUCAAAUAACAGAGCAAAAAGCACGCAAGCGAAUCGAAAUGAUCUGUGGUCAACUUCGUUUAGGUGCCGCUAUUUCUGCCUCUGCUUUCAGUUAUUAUCAGACCGCUCAUUUUCGUGGUUUCACUCGUGGUAGAAGUUCUCUUCGGCUUGCCGCGGCAUGCAUCUAUAUCGCUGCAAGGCAACAACGUGUCAAUCUAAUGUUACUUGAUCUGAGUGAUGCGAUCGCCAUUAAUGUUUAUAAUGUUGGUCACACCUAUAUUGAAUUGAAACGAAAACUCAAUCUUGCCUUGCCAGAAGUUGAUCCAUGUCUCUUUGUCGAACGUUUUGCUAGUCAGCUGGAUUUUGAAGAUAAGACAACCGAGGUCGCUACAACUGCUAUGCGACUUCUGCAAAGAAUGAAGAAAGACUGGCUUAGUACUGGACGCCGUCCAUCUGGUCUUGCCGCUGCCGCUUUACUCGUUGCAGCUCGAAUUCAUGAGUUCAAUCGAACCGAGGAGGACGUCGCCAAAGUUGCGCGUAUCAGCCAAAUGACAACUAGAAAGAGGUUGAUAGAAUUCAGCAAAACCCCCAGCUCGGCGCUUAGUAUAGACGAUUUCUUCACUGUGGAUUAUGAUGAAGAGCAGGACCCUCCUUGCUUUGGACAGCACACACAAAAACGCAGAUUGGAUGUCAAAGAUCUCGAUAUGGAACAGGUUUCAGCAGAAAUCAAGGAACUCGGUCGUCGAAUUGAUCAGAAGCUGGAGGAAAUAUCCAACAAACGCAAAUCCGGUUUCACAGUUAAUGAUCCUGAACUUGCAAAAUCUAAGGGUCUCAAACACCUCGUAGAGACAGAUAGCCCCUUAGCAAAAGACCUCGAUACUUCUGUGAAUAAUGAAGACGAAUCAGUUGACAUCAGCCUGAUUGAAGACACUGCUGAUGGUGAAUGCUCGUCCAGCAGUAUUUCAAGUGCCAUGCGUCGAGAAUCUGAGGUGGGUAGCAGUAUGGUCGGUGGUAAACGCGCAAAAUCAUCAACCCAAGUUCUACGUGACGUCCUUGAUGGUGUAGUUGACCCGGAAAUCCUGGACUCCUGUGUUGAAGAUCUGGAAUUAAUUACCGCUCAUUCUGGCAGUCAGUUGUGCGAACUGGUGCAGGCUACUCAACAAAUUCGUAAUGAACGAGAUGCUAUGACUGAGGCUAAUGCUGAUAUUGAUGCGAAACAGGAGAUGAUGACCCCGUCGUCGAAUCCUACAUUUCGGCAACCAUCGCCUGUUUUUCCAUCAAAUUAUGCAACUGAUGAAUCCUACAAACUUCCACAUUUUCUUACUCCAUUGACACCUGCUGAUUCAUCUCAGGAUGCCAAAACACAGGAGUCGUGUUGA